CCGCGAUCUCCGGACCAGUGCAAACGCCCUCUAGGUUUGUGUUGACGAGAGGCAAACGGAUCUCGGGUGGGGAUUUCCACUCCGCACAUUGUGGUUAUUCUCUUCACUUGUUUUGCUUUCGAUCUGGACAUCGAUAUAGGCCAAAUCUGUAAUUAUUAUUUAUUACUCAAGGGACUUCGGCACCAAACAUUUAACUUUUAAGCAGUUGCGAGAGGCUCGUCGCAAUUGAAAACCGAACAGCGUACUACAGGUCACCAUGCCAGUAGAGCGGAUGCGAAUGCGGCCAUGGCUGGAAGAGCAGAUAAACUCAAGUAAAAUACCAGGACUUAAGUGGGUUAACAGGGAGAAGAAGAUCUUCCAAAUCCCAUGGAUGCAUGCAGCCCGCCAUGGCUGGGAUAUGGAGAAAGAUGCUCCAUUAUUCAGAAACUGGGCCAUUCACACAGGGAAAUAUCAGCCGGGUGUGGACAAGGCAGACCCAAAAACUUGGAAAGCCAAUUUUCGCUGUGCCAUGAACUCCCUUCCCGACAUCGAAGAGGUUAAGGACAAGAGCAUUAAAAAAGGAACCAAUGCAUUCAGGGUGUACAAGAUGCUAAUGCCAACAGAACGACGGACGAAGAAAGGUAAAAAAAGGACUGAAAAAGAAGAAAAAAUAAAGGCGGGGUGCCAAUCCAUGUGGGCAGAACAAAUAAGCAGUGCACAUAUGUUCUCCUUAGCAGUCAAGGCCGACAACAUGCAGGACAGCCUGGCACUAACAGACCGCACUUGUCCAGCGUCUCAUAGCCUGGAGGAGGAGCAGAUGACUGUCGGCGACCUGCCGGACGUCUGUCAGACCAUCGAGGUGACAGCUGAAGAGGAGGACCAGUCCGUUAGCUCCAGUCAAAUGUACCCCCUGCAGAUCUCCCCGGUCUCCUCCUGUGCAGAGAGUGAAAUUGAGAGCAUUCAGAGCGAAGUGGACACCAAGGAGGGCGGGUGCGGAAUGUGGGUUGACGGAAAGCCUCUGUUCAGCACCUCCGAAGUGAAGACGCCCACCUGUUCGUUGCCCAGCAUGGCUACCUUCGUCACAUCUGGGAAGUCUAACUUGUCUAAGGUGUCCAGCAGUGGAGAGGAGCCCCUCCUCCUUUCAUAUGACUACACUCCCUGGAACGUUCAGCCAGUGCAGGUUGCACCGUUCCCCACCACCUCCAGCAGCGCCUCUGUCUCCGAGUCGCGAGCUAGUGUCAUCAUGAAGACCUCCGACAUCUCUAAGACCACGGUCAAGACCUGCUGAUUUUGGCUCUGGAGCCAAAGCGAGAUGGACUUGGUUUGGAGUGACUGACCUCGGAGGUGAAAUACACUGGAGUGAUAUUCUCAAAAACCCAACUGGACCAAAGAACUUCACUGUGUUUCCACUGCGCCUGGGAGCCUGCUGGAUAUAAGAGCCCCAUCUCAACCGGAAAAGAUUUCUGAGUUUGUGAGCAGCGUCACAAAACAGCCGAGUUUUGAGACGAAGACCACUCCCUCCCUUGAAAAAGUUUUCAGUUGCUCUGAUGAAACAUGAUCACCUAUUAUUUGCAUCACACUGUAUUGCUCCUCUCGUCUGUAGCCUUAAACACAGCUAUACAGUACAGAUGAAGCUCUCUGGAUUGUGUGUUAAAGACCACAUCAUUCAUUGUCCUGCACCGCAUCAUCAAGUAAUAAAUCACUGUGCCUGUGAUUAUUUUUUUCUACCACAUUGUGAGGCCUUUUGUAUACAGUCGGAUGUUACUGGAGUUAAGUUCCCCUGAAGGUUUGGAAGAAGCCUCUGUCAGCUCUUUGAGAGGCGAGUUACCUGUAAUGCUUCUAUGAAAAAAAGUUCAAGUAAUUUAAUGUUCUGGGAAGCUACAGGUUUAAACUAAACCUCUCAACGUUUUCCUGGCCAUACUUAAGCGGUUUGUAAUGCAGGGAUUAAUGUAGCAUUUAAUGUAAUUGAUUUGAAAAAUAUUUUUUCAGGUUUUAUUAAUUUUUCCAUCAUUUUUGCAGUAACUUAUACCUGAGGUGGGACAUCUGUACUGUAUAUAUGAGUAUAUGCAUUUAUGUAUGUGUGUGUGUAUAUAUAUAUAAAUAGUUUUAUAAAUGUGUCUUAGGAAACAUUAUUAAUCCUGUGGAUGAUUAAAUAUGCAAAUUUAUUAUAA